AGAAGUAGCUGAUUGGUCAUUAGCACUAACAAAUUUUGGUGUAUGCUGCGUCUACGUGGUUAUAAUCGCGGAGUGUUUUAAACAGAUUUCAGACGACUACGUCGGCCCGAGUUGGUCAGUGAGCUUAUUCUGUGCGCUGUGCCUCGUGGUUUUGGUGCCGCUGUCACAAAUCACUACGCUGAAAUACCUGGUGCCUUUCUCUACGUUUGCCAACUUCAUGUGGCUCGGAUCGAUAUGUAUAUGCCUGUACUACUGCUUGAAAGAACCUCCGGCAAUCAAAGACAGGAGCCUCGCUAAGUCUAUUACGGGAAUACCUAGUUUUAUUACCACAUGCGCGUUCGCAAUGGAGGCUAUUGCUCUAAUAUUGCCAUUGGAGAACGAGAUGACUAAACCGCAGCAGUUCCUGGGCUGCCCGGGGGUACUAAACAUCGCUAUGACCACAAUCGUGAUCUUCUACGGCUUCGUUGGCUUCUCAGGGUACUGGCAAUUUGGAAACGAUGUUUCGGGAAGCCUGAUACUUAGUCUACCUCAGGACGAAAUCCUAGCACAGGCGGCCAAGAUCUUGGUGGCGUGCGUGAUGAUUUUAUCGUUCACACUGAUAUACUACAUACCCAUAGAUUUCGUUUGGAAAAGACUCCAGGACCAGAUUCCAGCCAGGAGACAGUCCUGGACCCUCAGCGGUAUAAGGCUGCUUGGAACGUUAAUUAUUG